AUGAAUCCGAGGAACAUAUGUAUUCACAACAUUCUGACUAAAAUGGACCUGUCGGGUGCAGAAGAUGAGACGUCUUUGGCUUGGAUCGAGAGAUUUUUCAUCAAGACAUCUCUUAGCUGGCGCAACCAGAACAAGAGCCGCCCAUACGAUGCUGCAUUUCCGGCUGAGGUCGUGGAACUCAACCUAGACUUCCACCGAAAGCGUGUCUCGGCUGUGGACUAUAGUGUGCGUCUUGCCUAUCGGGUGCAGAAGAAGAGAGGACAAUGGUCCGGCUGGAGAGCCCCCUCAGAAUAUCUCCACCCUGCGAUGAUUACAGUGGAGGUCCAUAGGAUGCUUGUCUCAGCUUUCGACUACAAGGCGAUUUUACGAGGCACUGCUAGCUUGAGUCUUCGAGUCGAUUUUCGACGCCGAAUAACCACUGAGCUUGCUCUUUUGGCACACAGAGCCCCGUUGGAGGCACAACUGAGCAAGGAGGAAACUACAUCGGAUUUCGGAUGGUACUUGAGUAUAACAUUGCAGUCGGGUCAGCUGAGGCUGAACGACUUGGUCAGCCCUAGUAUGGUUGCCUUGAUUUGGAGCCAGAGAAGAUUCACUUAUAUUGUCACCAUCCCGAGGCGAUUCUACGAGACAUGCCAGAAAGGAGUCACGAUCUGGCCGAUUUGGUCACGAACACUUUUUGUAUACGAUCGCAACUCUCCCUACAAAGCUCAAGCACACGAGUCCGAGUCAACCAAGCAACAGAAGCUAUCACCUGUCGGCCCUAUCACCAAAGAAGGCAUUGAGUAUCAGGAGACCUAUCUCAUCCAGAGGCUUCGGCCUCAGAAAUGCACCGAGUGUGGCAAAGUCUGCGAAGAUCUGGUCGGCUCAACUCCCACAUGCAACGUCACACUACCGAGAAGCCCCAUCAAUGCACGGAGUGCCCCAAAGAUUUCAAAACAACCUGGGAGCUCCAACAGCAUAUGA